AUGCUUAAAAAUUUUAAAGAAGCUCAAGUCUGUGUAUGUCCUGUGGAUUGGCAAAUCUAUCUUAAAGGGCAUACUUCUUCGAGAUUGCAAUUGAAACGAGAUGAAACGAUUGUUGUUACUGACGAUAUUAUGAAGUUGGAAAACCUAGCGCUACAACCGUUAGACUUCAGAGUUAACUACGUUCAAGAUUUUGUUAAACGCCUCCUCAGCUCUUGGUCGGGAAGUGAAGCCUCCGAAUUGAAUUUAAACAUCGGUCUUUACAAGUAUGGCAUCGAUUCAAUUGUUGCAACAAAUAUGAGACUUCAAAUUAAAAACAGCAUUGGUGCCACGUUUGAGACGUACUAUUUUAUUCAACCAAAUGUGAGCGGCCUAACAAUCGUCAAUGAUAUUCUGGAACAAAUCGAGAACAUCAACACCACGAGUGUGAAGGGUGAAUCUUCACAAAAAGCUAACCAAAGCAGAACAAAUAGUUUGCCUGUUGACAGAGAGAAGGGCGCUUCUGCAGAUAAAAAUGUUCUCUUAUCUAAUGUUUUCCCCGUUUACAACGCUGAGAAUGAAGAAAGUGAAGAUGGAGUUGAAUUGCAAUCCGUUGACAACCCCGAGAAAGUAAUUCCUCUCUAUACAUCAGAAAGUGUGUUUGUGAAAGUGUUCAUGGUUCAUGGUAGCCCCAAAUCAGCCCUUGCUUUGGCAUCAUUUGCACAAGGUUUCCAAAAACAGGCCAAGAUUGCAUUGUAUGGUAUUGGAGUAGAUGACACGUCGAUUGAGAAGAGUGACUAUGGAACAGUGCUGACACUCGCCCGAAGAUAUGUAGAUUUAAUCAGAAAAAUACAGCCAAGCGGUCCAUUUUAUCUUGCUGGCUACUCCUUUGGUGGCAUGGUGGCUUACGAAAUGGCGAGUGAACUAAAAAGAAAUAAUGAAACUGUCGCAAUGGUGUGCAUGGUGGAUACGUACGGAUGGCACCCUAAAGCUUUGGCAAACUCCAACGAAUUCGUGAGAAAAUUUGCCGAGCAUAAGUUGAAGUUGACUGAAAAAUAUGUGACAAGAAAACUAAUCGAAAAAAUGGCCUUCGCUGAACUGGGUAUAAAUAAAGAUACCCUCAAUAAUUUCUAUGGAGAAUUACAAGACGACGUGAAAGUCAUUGCGGCGUUAGAGAAUCAAGCUGCCGAAGAAAACCUUGUGUUUCCUUUGAAAGAAAAAGCAGAAAAACUUCAGUAUGAACUCAGAUCUGCCGCUGAGACUCACUUGGAUUGGCAACCUUCCAAGUUACAUAAAAACAUCAAGAAAUUGAAAUGUUAA